GGAAGUGGCAGUCCUGCCGUUGCCAACGUCACGAUUCCAUCCCUUUUCCCAAAAUCGAUAAGCUAGGUGAUUGGCUUUCUUGAUGGUUAAGGUUUUGUGAGGCUUGUAACGUACUCACAAAAGGGUUCUGUCAUGGCCUUGAAAAGGAGAAGGGCGACAUCCCCCUCUAGUAGUGUGAGUGGAGGAGAUUUUGAUGAUAGCCAGCCUUCAUCGUUAGUGUCCUCCAUAGGCAGAAAGAGGAGAAGGACCUCAAACAUUCCAACUGUGGAUCCUAUUGCAGUAUGUCAUGAACUGUACAACACAAUCAGAGAUUACAAGGAUGACCAGGGCAGGAUGUUAUGUGAGCUGUUCAUCAGAGCCCCAAAAAGAAGGAAUCAACCAGACUAUUACCACGUGGUGUCUCAGCCUAUUGACAUGAUGAAGAUCCAACAAAAACUAAAGAUGGAAGAGUACGAUGAUGUCGAACAACUUACUAGUGACUUUCAGCUUCUAUUCAACAAUGCAAAAACUUAUUACAAGCCAGACAGUCCUGAGUACAGGGCGGCCUGUAAACUGUGGGAUCUCUACCUGCGAACCAAAAAUGAGUUUGUCCAGCGAGGCGAUUAUGAUGAGGAUGAUGAAGAUGGGUACGAUACACAAGACAACCCUGGAGGGUCCGCUGAGGAUGAGAAUGCACCCACUUGCUUGAAAGAGUUGCUUGAGCAGCUCCUGGACACAGUGGUGUCGUACACAGAGCCAAACGGACGUUUGGUCAGUGAAUUGUUCCAGAAGCUGCCCUCCAAAGUGCAAUACCCCGACUAUUAUGCCAUCAUUAAAGAACCGAUAGAUCUGAAAAUCAUCGCUCAAAAAAUUCAGCUGGGCCACUACAGGAGUGUUAGUGCCAUGGCGAAAGACAUAGAUUUGCUUGCAAAGAAUGCCAAAACAUAUAAUGAGCCUGGAUCACAGGUUUUUAAGGAUGCAAACACCAUCAAGAAGAUUUUUGCACAGAAGAAAUCUGAGAUGGAACAUGCUGAACCUAUCAAGUCCAGCAUUCGCAUUAGGAACAGAAGGUCAGCCCAGGGAGAUCGCCUCUCAGCUAUCACUAUGGCUCUUCAGUAUGAAAGUGAUGAGGAAGGCAUUCUCUCUGGGUCUGUUCACUAUGAUGAAGGGGAGUCAGAGGCAGAGAGUAUGACCUCCAACAUGGACAUGAGCAACCCCAUCUUCCAGCUCUAUGAAGCUGUGCGAGGUGCCAGGAACAGCCAGGGCCAGCUGAUCUCUGAACCCUUUCUGCAGCUGCCCUCCAGGAAGGAUUACCCCGACUACUACCAGCAGAUCAGCCAGCCUAUCUGCCUCUAUCAGAUCAAGAACAAGAUGAAGAACAAUGAAUAUGAAAGUGUGGAGCACAUCGAUGCAGAUCUGACGCUGAUGUUUGAGAAUGCCAAACGCUACAAUGUUCCUCAUUCCUCCAUAUACAAGCGCGCACUCAAACUCCAACACAUUCAGCAGUUGAAAAGAAAAGAACUUUUACAGAGAGAUGAUGAUGAUGGAGACAGCAUGCUUUCCUCUGCCACCUCUGACACCAGUAGCACAAAGAGAAAAAGUCAUAAGAAGAACACAAAGAAGAAUCGGAUGAAAGCUCUCUUUGCUGCUGUGACCGAAGCACGAGAAGCUGGCACUGGUCGGAGAUUGUGUGACCUCUUCAUGGUCAAGCCCUCAAAGAAGGACUACCCAGACUACUACAGGGUCAUUCUGGAACCCAUGGACCUCAGAACAAUUGAACACAACAUCCGCUCAGACAAGUACAUGACUGAGGAUGCAAUGGUGGAAGAUAUGAAGCUCAUGUUCCGCAAUGCAAGACAUUACAAUGAGGAAGGCUCCCAGGUCUAUAAUGAUGCUGAUAUCUUAGAAAAGAUUAUGAAAGACAGACGCAGGGACCUUGGGCCAGUGACUGACGAUGACGACAUGAUGUCCCCAAAGUUGAAAAUCCGAAAGAACAGCAUUACUCUGAAGAAGUCCAAAUACCUCACUCCCUUACAGCAAAAGCUCAAUGAGUUGUAUGAGGCUGUCAAGAACUACACAGAUAAGCGAGGCCGUCGUCUCAGCACAAUUUUUCUGCGCCUGCCAUCCCGUGCCGAACUGCCUGAUUACUACAUUGCCAUCAAGAAGCCUGUGGACAUGGAGAAAGUCAAGAGCCACAUGUUGGCCAAUAAGUACCAGGAUGUGGAUGCACUGGUGGAGGACUUGGUGCUGAUGUUCAACAAUGCCUGCACUUACAACGAGCCAGAGUCUCUGAUUUACCGUGAUGCUUUGGUGCUGCACAGGGUGCUGCUAGAGACUAGGCGUGACUUGGAGGGAGGGGAGGAUGCCCACGUGCCUGAUGUUCCCCGCCUCAUCCAGGAACUUAUCCGCAGCCUCUUUGUUUCUGUGUUGGGUCAUCAAGAUGAUGAGGGCCGCUGCUACAGUGAUUCACUAGCUGAGAUUCCUGCCCAAGAUCCCACAGGCCCAGAUAAACCACCACUCAACUUUGAGAUAAUCAGGACUAAUGUGGACCGAGGCCGCUAUAAGAGGCUGGAUGUGUUUCAGGACCACAUGUUUGAAGUUCUGGAGAAGGCCAGACGAAUGCAUAGGACAGACUCAGAGAUCUUUGAGGAUGCUGUGGAACUGCAGCAGUUCUUUAUCCGGAUCAGGGAUGAGCUCUGUAAGAAUGGAGAGAUCCUGAUGUCCCCUGCUCUCAGCUACACCUCCAAACAUCUGCACAGUGAUGUGGAGAAGGAGAAGAAAGAGAAGCUUCCUAAAGAGUUUGAGGAGGACAAACUCAAGAGAGAGGAGGAGAAAAAGGAAGCUGAGAAGAGUGAGGACUCGGUUGGGGGAUCGUGGCAGUCAAACCUACAGCGGACAUACAGUCAGGACUGCAGCUUCAAGGAUAAUAUGUACCAUGUAGGAGAUUGUGUAUACGUGGAACCAGCGGAGCCUAACCUUCAGCCUCAUAUCAUCUGCAUUGAACGCCUUUGGCAAGAUGAUACUGGUGAGAAGUGGUUGUAUGGUUGCUGGUUCUACAGGCCAAAUGAAACGUUCCAUCUCGCAACACGCAAGUUCCUGGAGAAGGAAGUUUUUAAAAGUGACUAUUACAACAAAGCUCCUGUCAACAAGAUUCUAGGCAAAUGUGUGGUUAUGUUUGUGAAGGAGUACUUCAAACUUCACCCAGAAGGCUUCAGAGCAGAGGAUGUCUAUGUCUGUGAGUCACGCUACUCUGCCAAGAGCAAGUCUUUCAAGAAGAUCAAGAUGUGGACGAUGCCCUUGAGCUCUGUUAGGUUCGUUCCUAGAGAGGUACCCCUUCCUGUCGUCCGAGUGGCAUCCAUGUUUGCCCCCAAACAUGAUGAGAAACCAGAGACGGCAGAGGAAAGCAAGGUCACAGAUGUCAUUGUUGACAAGGAGAGGGAGGAUGUUCCAAUGGAUAUGACCAAUGGGGAGCCAGGGUGUCAGUACUAUGAGCAGCUCUGCUACAACAACCUUUGGCUUAAAGUGGGAGACUGUGUCUACAUUGCUUCACAUGGACUGGUGCGCCACCGAGUGGGCAGGAUUGAGAAGAUGUGGAUGCGAGACGGAGCAGCAUACUUCUUUGGUCCUAUCUUCAUCCAUCCAGAGGAAACAGAGCAUGAGCCCACUAAGAUGUUCUACAAGAAAGAAGUGUUCCUUAGCAAUCUUGAGGAGGCUUGCCCCAUGACCUGUGUCAUAGGGAAAUGUGCAGUGUCCUCCUUCAAAGACUACCUGUCAUGCCGGCCAACUGAAGUGCCUGAAGAGGAUGUUCUGCUGUGUGAGAGUCGCUACAUUGAAAGUGAGAAGCAAAUGAAGAAGUUCAAGGGUCUUAAGCGCUUUUCACUCUCUGGGAAGGUGGUAGAGGAUGAGAUCUACUAUUUCCGGAAGCUCAUAGUGCCCCAGAAGGAACCAUCUCCUUUGCUGGACAGGAAAAUUGAGGAACUUGAAGCCAAGUUUGCCGAUAUGACAGAUGAAGAGCUAGAGGAUCUUGGGGAAGAUGAUGGCGAGCUGGGUGAUCAGUCUCUGCCUCAGCUACAGACUUCUCUGUCUAGCGACAUGGAUAUCCUGCCAUACACCCCUCCACAGUUGCAGUCAACACCAAAAUCCAUAAAGGGCCUUUCAAAGAAGGAGGGCUCAAAGAGGAAGAUCAACAUGAGCGGCUAUAUUCUGUUCAGCAGUGAGAUGCGUGCAGUCAUCAAAGCCCAGCACCCAGACUUCUCCUUUGGGGAGCUGAGUCGCCUUGUUGGCACAGAGUGGAGGAACCUGGAGGGCUCCAAAAAAGCAGAGUAUGAAGAACGAGCAGCUAAAGUGGCCGAGCAGCAGGAGCGUGAGAGGGCAGCCCAGCAACAGGCUUCCCCUAGAGCAGGUACCCCAGUAGGGGCACUGAUGGGGGUGGUGCCUCCCCCAACCCCCAUGGGGAUGGUUAAUCUCAGCAUGACGCCUGUGUCAGGUAUGAUGGGUGCAUAUAGGCCAGCUAUGAUGCCCCGGCAGGGCCCUCUUGAAGGCAUGGUUAGUAUGCCUGGCAUACCACCACAUCGCAUGGGGGUGUAUGUCUUGCCCCAACAUCUCCUGCCCGUUAUGCCUGGGUUCCCUGGAAUGCCAUACCUUGGUGUCAAUGGCAUGGGAGGAGGUUCUGGACCAGGAAACACCCAUGGAUCUCAGAUGAGUGUGAUGGGUCCAGGGCAGCAGGCACCACCACCGUACCCAGGACAAAGCCAGGUGGGACAACCUGCUCUCCAGCAGCCCUCCACUCCCAUGUUUGUCUCCCCUCCACCCAAGCCCCAGCGCCUGCUCCACUCCGAGGCAUACCUCAAGUACAUUGAGGGUCUUACUGCAGACUCCCCCACCAUCAGCAAGUGGGAUCAGACCCUCUCGGCUCGGAAAAAAGAUGUGCGUCUGACAAAAGAACAAGAAAGCAGGCUGCCAUCUCAUUGGCUGAAGAGCAAGGGAGCCCACAGCAGCAUGGCAGAUGCACUUUGGCGGCUCCGUGACCUGAUGUUGCGAGACACCCUAAACAUUCGACAUACGUACAACCUGUAGCCUAUUCACAUUUUGAGCCUCUGUUCCCAAGCCUGUAAGACAGGAAAGGGUAAAGCUCUGUAAAAGUGUUUACUUUGUGUUGUUAUGAAAUUGUGUUUGUAUCCAUAUAAGCUGUGCACUUUGUUGAAAAUGUUGUUCUGUUUGCUUUUGUUUUUUAUAUUUCAGCUACAUUGUUCCAAGUGCAUUAUUGUUAUGACUGUCAUUCUGUAAAAGAUGAAUGCUUUCAUAAAUUUAAAACAUGAAGACUUGA